GGUCGAGGUUUCCUAAGGCUUACAGUUGGGAACAAAUGCUGCCCAAGAAGCUUCCGGUACCUUCCUCGGCUCCAUCAAAAGGGACCGAUCGUGCCGCUAAAAUGUCGAGAGAUAUGGAGAAAGAUCAGAAGCUGCCUUCGUCAGACGGGAAAGUUUAG